AUGGUCGAGCCCCACCUAAGCAGCGGCACCACGCCCCAACCUGGUGGCAGGUGGUGGAGCGUUGUACCCUCCGCGCGGCGCACUCUGGCAAAGGAGAAACGGGCGGGCGCCGUGCGGGGAUACCUGGAAGAGAUCCAAAACGAUAGCGACCGCGGGCUGGAGCGCUGGUUCUACACAGACUGGCUCCGGCAGCUGGAGAGGCGCCAGGAGAUGGCGCGCAACGCGGCCGCCAAGCGCGCGGCCGCGCUCGGCGGCGGCGCGGCGGCCGGCGGUGGCGGGGCGGAGGGCGGGACAGAUGCCGAGCAGCAGCGGCAGCAGCAGCAGCAGAAGCAGGAGCAGCAGCAGCAGGAGGAUGACGGUGACAGGCAGCCUGCGUUCUUUUCUCUGGACAACCCGCUGAUUGCGACUGCGGCGCUCGUCGCUGGGGCAGGGGCCGCGAGCGCGCUGCUGCGCGCAGUGGCAGGGGCCGUUGCAGGCGUGAUGCAAUGA